AUGGGUGAGAAAAGCGACACCCUUUUUCAAGAAUUAGAAAAGACCUACUGCCCACCACUGGAUGCUGCGUUAUUUACAGCGAUUGUCUCCGACUAUGACCUUUCAGACUCGAAUCAAAUCCAACAGGCCCGUGACACUUUAGAUAUCCUUCAGUUGUCUGCACUGGAGCAGGAGGAUCUUCCCUUCGACCCAUCAGGCACCAGUGGCUUAGGGACGACAAACAACGAUAAUGAUGGAAUAGUAUCGGAUCGCAGUGCCUCUCGAAAUGAUAGUUCAGGCCAAUCCCAAGAAACGGAUCUCACAAGCCUCACAUCGGAAUUCUCCUCGAUUGAUAUGAGAGAUAGGGACCUCUUUGGUUAUAGCAAUGAUCGUUUGACAUCUUCUGGGUCGGCAGGAUAUAUCCUGGGAGCCGAUGGGAACAUUACCUUGGCUGGGGCAAAUGAGGAGGACAAGACUAGCUACUUGAUGGAAAUGUUUCCGUCGGUCGACCGCUUUACUAUUCAGCAUACGCUGAAAAAAUCCGACGGUGAUGUCGACCGUGUAAUGGAUGUCUUGCUCAAUCUCGCAUUCUUCGACGAGCAACCUCCCGAAGAUGAUGGGGGCAAAGUCUCGAUUCCCAAAGGUAUCGACGGCUUCCAGGAAGGCUCGAGUGGAAAGGGACGCAAGCGGAAGACGAAGAACAAGAAGAACAGAAUCCAGGAGUUGUCAUCCCCUGUGGGGUCUGAGUUUGAUGAGGGCCCGAGUAUCAACAAAUGGGAUGCUGGGUUAAAGGAUGUCGACUAUAUUCAUUCCCGAACUUCACCGAUAUUGAAGAAGGAGACGGUCACCUCAACCUACCACGCCAAUGGAGCGUCGUUACCCGCGACUAUUAGGGCUCUUGCGAUUGCGCAUGCGCCGAAAGACGAAAAGAAGGUUCACGAAAACCCCAUCAUGGCUGCACAAGUGGCUGAGUUGACCCAAGAGUUUCCUUCGAUCACACCGAUUACUUUUGCCGGGUUACUUCGUAUCACACGAAACUCGAUUUCAGCUGCUAAUGAGCUAGCAGCUGCUUUGAUAAGCCGCCCAAUGACACCUUCGGUAUCUCAAUUGAUUCAGUUCACAGCUACACCUCCGGCUCUCGACCUCGAAGACGAAACGCCUAAUCGACGCAAGCCAGAAUCGCGAGUGAUCAGAGAUUUUGAUCGGGCACAAGGAACCGCAGGCGCGCAUUUUGUUGCCGGUGCGGAAGCAUUCUCCAAGGCCUCGAUGGCAUACAGACGUGGAAAGUCUGAUCGACUGAUGGGUGGCGCGGCUGCGUAUUACUCCUCCAUUGGACGCGACCAUCUGGAACGCGCGAAACGCAACGCCGCCGCCGCUUCUGAUGCACUGGUAGACUCGCAGUCGACGUCUACCAUGCUGGAUCUACACGGAGUUUCGGUGCAGGACGCCGUCCGUAUUUCCAGUGAACGAGUACAGGGCUGGUGGGACGCACUUGGUGAUACCAAGUACAUGCGAGCCAGGGAAGGCCGCGCAUAUGAAGGAUAUCGCAUUGUCACCGGGGUUGGGCGACACAGUCAUGAUGGGACAUCCCGGCUGGGACCGGCCGUGUUCAAGAGACUUGUACGGGAUGGAUGGAGAGUGGAAGUGGGCGAAGGUGUCUUUACAGUACUUGGUGUUUCUCGACGCUGA